AGAUCACUCUCGCUCCCUUUUGAUCUUCAUACAUAAAUACAUACCAUAAUAAAUUUUUACCAUAUCCUCUUUCAAACAUCACAUUCAAAUUUCCCAAUUUUCUUCCAUAUAUAUACAUAUAAACCCCUUGAAGCUUCACCCACCCAUCAAAAUCCAUUGAUCUUUCUAAUUCUCCACCAUCAAUGGCGCAACACCAUUACUACCACCUUAAACACAAAUUCUUCCUCUUCUUCAACCACAAACUAAACCUCUACUAUUUACUUUCUCUUCUCUUAUUAUGUUCUCUUUCUUACCUUUUAGGCUCUUAUCACCCUCCUUCUCCUCAAUCUUCCCUCUUCCCUAAACUCUCAACUUCUUGUUUCACCCUAAAAAACUCAUCAAACCCUAUUCCUAUACCUCUAGACUUUUCUUCCCACCAUUCUAUAUCAUCUUCAUUGGCGCGUGUUAACCACUUCCCUCCAUGCAGCCUUAACUUCUCAGAAUACACUCCAUGCCACGACGUCGAUCGCUCGCUACGGUUCCCUCGAGACCGGCUUGUGUACCGUGAGCGUCAUUGUCCGAUGGAGUUGGGAGAGGUUGUUACGUGCCGUGUUCCGGCACCGAAUGGAUAUACGACGCCGUUUAGGUGGCCGGAGAGUAGGGAUAUGGUUUGGUAUGCGAAUGUUCCUCAUAAAUGGUUGACUGUUGAAAAAGCCGGACAAAAUUGGGUCCGGUUUGAAGAAGACCGGUUCACUUUCCCGGGUGGUGGGACCAUGUUUCCUCGUGGAGCUGAUGCUUAUAUUGAUGAAAUUGGAAGAAUUAUUAAUCUUAAAGAUGGCUCGGUUCGAACCGCCAUUGAUACCGGUUGUGGGGUUGCAAGUUUUGGAGCUUACCUUUUGUCACGCAACAUUCUAACGGUGUCGUUUGCACCAAAAGACACACAUGAAGCUCAAGUUCAGUUUGCUCUGGAAAGGGGUGUGCCGGCAUUAAUAGGGAUCAUGGCUACCACCCGCCUCCCUUACCCUUCUAGAUCUUUUGACAUGGCACAUUGCUCGCGUUGCCUCAUUCCAUGGGGUCAAUAUGAUGGACUAUACUUGAUUGAAGUCGAUAGAAUAUUAAGGCCUGGAGGUUACUGGAUCCUUUCUGGGCCACCCAUCAACUGGGAGGCCCAUUGGAAAGGUUGGGAAAGAAGCAAGAAAGAUUUAAAUUCUGAACAAUCAACCAUUGAAGCUGUUGCUAAAAGCUUGUGCUGGAAAAAGCUAAGGCAAAUAGGGGAUAUUGCAGUAUGGCAGAAGCCUACUAAUCAUGUUCACUGCAAAAAGAAUCGCAGGCUUUUUAAGAAACCGCGCUUUUGUGAGGCUCAAGAUCCUGAUCUUGCAUGGUACACGAACAUGGAGGCAUGUUUAACCCCACUCCCUCCCGUCUCUAACAUAACACAAAUGGCCGGAGGAGAAGUAUCGAAAUGGCCACAUAAGCUAACCGCGGUUCCUCCAAGGGUGUAUAGUGGUAGCUUGGAGAGUAUAACCCCGGAUGUCUUUACAAAAGACACGAUAAUUUGGAAGGAGAGGUUAGCAUACUACAAGUCUUUGAACAACGAGUUAAAUGAUGCAGGGAGGUAUCGUAAUAUCCUUGACAUGAACGCGAACUUGGGAGGCUUUGCAGCUGCCCUAGUCGAUGACCCUGUUUGGGUUAUGAAUAUUGUUCCUGUUGAGGCUAAGGUUAACACUCUUGGAGUAGUGUUCGAGCGUGGUUUGAUUGGUACAUACCAAAGCUGGUGUGAGGCAAUGUCUACUUAUCCAAGAACGUACGACUUGUUACAUGCUCAUUCCGUGUUUAGUCUUUAUGAUGGCAGGUGUAAGAUGGAAGACAUUUUAUUGGAGAUGGACAGAAUUUUACGUCCAGAAGGUUGUGUAAUAUUUAGAGAUGACAUUGAUGUGUUAGUGAAGGUGAAGAAUAACAUUGAAGAAAUGCAAUGGAAUAGUGUAAUUUUUGAUCAUGAGGAAGGACCGAUGCAGAGGGAGAAGGUUAUGGUUGCUGUUAAACAAUAUUGGACUGCUCCUGCACCGGCCCAAACUGCUUCUUAGACAUUCUUUUGGGCCUAUAUUAAAUAGAGUAUAUUUUAGAUUUAUUUUGCCUUUUUUAAUCUACAAUUCUUUUGUAAUUUUUCUUUUUCUUUUCUCAUUUUGAAAUUUGGGUUCAUCAUUUAAGUUGGACUGUAUAUUUAUAGAACAAUUGGAUACAUCCAAUUGAAAACCAUACAGGAUAAUGUUCAAGUUGAGUGGAUCUUAAUUCUUUUAACAAUUGUUGUAAUUCAUCGGUUUGUGGAAAAUAGAAAUCAAAAAAAAAAAUAUAUUAAAGAAGAGUUCUUUGUGCUUA